CUAAAAUAUGAUCAGCCGUCACUGAACUAGAUUCACUUUCUCUCUUCAUUUUUUUUUCAUUCCCCUGUUGGUGAUCUCAAGAUUCCUGUCAACAAAAUUCUUUCUCAACAAUGGGUUGUCAACAGGCGCACACAGGUAACUCAAUGGAAGUUGACCUGCAGAAUAACUCGAUGGAAGUAGAUCAGAGUGUAGAGGUGCUUGCUGAAGUUGUGACGCCUACAGCAGUUAUUGGUCCAACACAAACAAGUCAACUUGCAAGAAUAGUGGAAGCUGUAUCUGAGGUCAGAGUUUCUAGUGCAGCAAAACAAGAUAAGUUUCCAGGUGCUGGCGAACUAUACGACGAAGGAAAGCACUGCGGAAAAGUUCAGGAUGACGAAUUUGAAGACGUUGGAGGCUUCAGUGUACAGAAAACACAUGCGUCGUCGUAUAAACAGAUCUGGUUGAAUUAUGGUCACAUUGCUUCCAGCCAAGUUCUUCCCGAAUCGUAUUAUUAUUCCCAAGUAGUCGUUGUCUCUGAAUUUAUGAGUUUUAUUGUGGAUAUGAAUCGAUACCCUCCCGAGGAGGUUUCUUCAGAUGUGAUCGACUCUUGGGAGAAGAAUCUAAGAGUAGCAGAGAAACUUGAAUUCAACAUUGGCUGGCUUCGUGAGCGCCUAGAAGAUAUUAAGAUAGAUUUUGCUGGGGAGAAGAAGCUUAAGCUCAAGGAGAUGUUAGCGGAGCAGGAUCAGGCAAAGGCACGAGUCAUUGAGGCUGAGCAGCAAUUUGCCUUGGCAAAAGAGCGACUUUCUGCAUUCGAAACUAAGAUUCCUGCCCUACUCAUGGCAAAACAAAAUUUUCGAAACAAAUGUGGUGGUCCUUUGCCGCUUUUUAAUUUUGAAGAACCUAUUGACAACAACAACAAGUCGAAGAGAGUGCCCAACUCACCUGUCACGGCUCCAGUGCAGGAGGAUGCAAUUCUGAUAGAAGAGUCUGUUGAUAAGAACAACAAGUCGAAGAGAGUGCCUAGCUCACCUGUCACGGCUCCAAUGCAGGAGGAUGCAAGUCUGAUUGAAGAACCUAUCAAUAACAUCAACAAGUCGAAGAGAGUGCCCAACUCACCUGUCACUGCCCCAAUGCAGGAGGGUGCAAGUCUGAUUGAAGAACCUAUCAAUAACAUUAACAAAUCAAAGAGAGUGCCUUCUACAGGAACUGCAAGAAAAACACGAUUAAUUUCUAGCCUCAACAUGUAGUCUAUGGUUAAUGAAGUUUUCUUUCGUGUCUGAUGCAGACAGAAUGGACAAUUUCCUCGUAAAAUCAUGUAGUAUUGCAUCAACCUGGUGAUGGGUUAGGAUGCGUGUAGGAAUUUUAGAAUCAUGUAAUAUUGCUGUAACUGAACUUGAAAGUGAAUAUCAGACUUGAAAUUUAUGCUU